AUGGAGGGGUUUAAUCCUCCUCAUUUAUUACUGGUAUGGUUAUUAAGUUUCGCGUUCAUACAGAUAUGCGUGCAAGCGCAUAGUAUUGCGUCUAAACCCUUGACUUAUUUGGAGUUUGUCAGUAAUCCUAUAAUAGAAAGAUUACCCAGGGAUAGAUUUGAAAUUCAUAACGCAGCUUCAUUUUCACACAGAGAUCCUGUAAAAGACAAACCAUCAUUAAGACACGAUGACUCUAUGCGCGUACAAUUUGUCGCGUUCAACCAAACAUUUCAUUUACAUCUUGAACCGAAUCUAGAACUAUAUCAUUCGGAAGCUAAGAUCACGAUAUAUCAUUCAAAUAAUACUAAAACAAUUAGCCCACUAUUACCCGAAGAUCAUCGAUUAUAUAAAGGGGUAGUGUUAGGUAUUGAUUCUACAGAAAAACGACUUGUUGAGGACAUAGUCGGUUUGAAAAGACGCUCAUUGUUUGAGGAACUUGCAUAUACGCCUGGUGUGUUAGGCUGGGCGAGGAUCCACGUCCUCGAUGACGGAAAUUUAUCUGAAUAUGGUACCAAUACUCACCAUCCAACUUUUGAAGGGACUUUUUCAUAUAAAAAUGAUUUAUACCAUAUAAAAUCGAUAAAAAAUUUUCGUUUGAUUCAAUAUCCGGAGGAUCCCGAAAUUCCUAAUCCAUCAGCUCGACAUCAAUCUCAUCGUUCUGCUACCAUGGUUAUUUAUCGUGACUCUGAUUUAAAACAUUCUAAACUAAGUAAACGAGCGGAUACAUCAACCAAUCCUCAAGUACAAGUUUGUGCCGCAGAUGACCUACCUUUCAAUGUUGAUCCUAAUAAUGAAUCUCGCAAGAUGCGUGAAGAAUGGGCAUUUCGAUAUAAUCCAGAACAAAUAUUGUCAAGCGAAGAAAAUUCUUGGAAUUUAGAAUUUGCAGGUAUUCGUUUCAGUCGAACAUCAAACGAAUCUAGGAAACUUACAAAGAGGGAUACAACAGGAUGUCCUACGGCUCGUAAAAUCAAUUAUAUGGGUGCUGCGGCUGAUUGUACUUAUGUUAAGCAGUAUGGAUCGCAAGAUGCAUCUCGCAUGCAAAUACUUAACGAUUGGAAUACUGCAUCGGGCUUAUACGAAAGCACCUUUAAUAUUAGUCUUGGUCUUAUUGCGCUUGAAAUUCAAGACUUGACAUGCCCUUCUAGUCCUGAUCCAAAUGUUACGUGGAAUAGAGCAUGUUCAGAUUCUUAUACCAUUGAUGAUCGAUUAAGCGAUUUUAGUUAUUGGAGGGGAUCAAAGGGAAAUGAUGGCACCGGAUUAUGGCAUUUACUUACUACAUGCAAUACUGGCUCAAAAGUAGGUGUUGCUUGGUUAGGUCAAUUAUGUCAAACAGCAGUCACACAAAAAGAUAAUGGAACUGGUGUAGCUUACGUCUCAAGCACGGGAGUUUCAACAGCAGCAAAAGAUGAAUGGAAAAUAGUUGCUCAUGAAGUUGGACAUGGUUUUGGUGCUAUUCAUGAUUGCAUAGCAGAAACUUGUCCUUGCGGUGUCGGUUGUCAAUGUUGUCCGUUGAGCUCAACUGUAUGCGAUGCUAAUGGACAAUACAUAAUGAAUCCUACCGAUAAUAGUGCUACAGAUGCAUUUAGUCCAUGCUCUAUUAACGAUAUAUGUUCUUCAUAUCCAAUGUUGGGAACCUGUCUUGGAGAUCCGGGAACUAAAACAAUCUUAAGUCCAGCAAUGUGCGGUAAUGGAAUAAAAGAAGUAGGUGAAGAUUGUGAUUGUGGAACAGAUACAGAAUGUGCAAAUGAUCCUUGUUGUAAUGGCAGUACGUGUAAAUUUAAACCAGGCGCUGUAUGCGAUGAUCGAAAUGAUUUAUGCUGUCAGAAUUGUACUACGCGAGCUGCUGGCACAGUAUGCAGACCGGCAGUUUCGAAUUGUGAUGUGGCUGAAGUAUGCAACGGAACAUCUAUUGAUUGUCCGCCUGAUGUUCAUAUUGCCGACGGAACUUCUUGCGGCAAUAAUGGAUUAGCUUGUGCUGGAGGACAAUGUACUUCGCGUGAUGCCCAAUGCGUUGCUCGAGGUUCUCGAGCGGGUAUCACAUCAGCUUGCACAAUUAUACCUGACCUUGGAUGUUCAAUAAGUUGUGCUAAUCCAAGCGAUAGUCAUUCUUGUCUUGAAUUAAGUGGAACAUUUGUUGAUGGCACGCCAUGUGGGUACGGGGGAAAAUGCUAUCAAGGAUCGUGUCAAUCGGGCUCUAUAGGAAAUACGAUAACCAGCUGGAUAAAUCAGAACAAAAACAUAGUUAUUCCUGUUGCUAGUAUUUUGGGAGCUAUAAUACUUUGCUGUCUACUUCAAUGCUGUUAUUCAUGCAUUAAACAACGAGCUCCACUUCGAAAAAAGCUUCCCUCUCAAGAUCAUUCGAACGUUGCAGCUUACAGAGUUCCCGUAACACAACACAGUUCAAAUUGGGUAGACCCCACUCCGUAUAAUGGACCAACUAAUAAUCAACAACCUCAACCCUCUUCCUAUUCACCUCCCACCACGACACCUCCUUAUAGCCCCCCGUCGUCUUAUGCAGGUGUUGGUUCUUCACAAACAUCACCUCCUAUAUACACAAGAGCAGUUUCACCAUCUAAUGAUUAUCAUCAAAAUAACGGUAGAAUGCCAAAUCUUUAUUAA